CGGAGCGAGCGUGGAAUAAGAGAUUUUACAAAAACCCGGUGUCAGUCGUCAGACCUGGAAUGGGAAGCCCCGAUCCCGCGUUUGCAGCAAACGGCAGAAUGGCUGCGGGCAUCAGGCGGCGACAAGGCCGUGGUUCCUGCCGCCAUCUUUCUUAGGGGCGGUAGAGCAUAAGACGUAUGCGUGGCCACCAUAGUUAUAGGGGGCAACUGUGCGUUGGGCUCGCGUGUAACCUUCCUUUGUUAUGGGUUUGGAUGGGGACUUACAUGCAGAAAACUCAAACCAUGAGAAACUCUUGUCUCUGAUGGAUUUCUGCCCUACUCUGACGGAGGUGGUUGAUGAGUAUAUUUACUGGGAAAGAAGUUUGGAGCUGGUCAAACACUAAGCCAAAGGAGUGGCUUCAGGCUGGUCAAGAGCUCCUGUUGUACCGCAUAUAUUUAGUGGAGGGGAAGUGCUCUCAACUUGUAUGGAGCUUUAUUUCAGCUAUUGCAGCCUCAGAGGUCGGGACUGCAAAUUGGGUUUGGGGCCGACUGUAGGGAGUCCUGCUUUUAAGGAUUAGGAUCCAUCAAACAAGCUUCUGGCAGCAUCCGGCUUGUAGAAUGUUCGGAAAUUAACCCCUAACCACAGUUCUGUUUCGCCUCUGCCCUCCCUGAUCACCUCUCCGUCGUCGUUUACCUUCUUCCAUCGAUAAUCUUGGGGGCAUUUUAAGUCUGUUUAGUAUUUUACUGGUAAUUUCUCAGACCUUGUCCAAUUGAAAUUUCUAGAGCUGCUCAGCUGCUGAUCCCGUGCUGCUGACUUGUUAGUUUUAUGUUCCCUCAAUAUCUUCCAGAGUCAAGAAUUCUUUUUCCAGUGUGGGAGUCCGUUUCUCUACACUUUUUCCUGUACUCCCUCUUGUUUGAAUUCCGUUUCUCUCUCACAGACACCAGUAAAUUUCGCCAACUCCCAGGUGCCUGGAGAGAUGAUCAUCGACCUUCUUGAACUGCUGUAGUUGUGUGGCGAAGGUGCUCCCACAGUGUUGUUAGAAUAUUAGACGGGAAGGAUUCACAGUUGGAGGAGACCCAAGCCGAACAGCACAUUGGCACCUGACAGAGACGUUGAGUUUAUCGAGGCCUGCAUAUUACCAGAUUUUGAGAAUGGAAGGGGAAAGCACUGUGAAUAGUGGGGAGAGACCGUACACGUGUUCUGUGUGUGGACAAGGCUUCAGCCGAUCAUCCGGCCUGUCUGAACACAAAUGGAAUCACAACGGGGGCAAGCCAUGGAAGUGUGAGGACUGUGGGAAGGGAUUCAUUUCCCCGUCGAAGCUGGAAGCUCAUCGGCGCACUCACACCGGGGAGAGGCCAUUCCCCUGCUCCGUCUGCGACAAGAGAUUCGCCCUGCCAUCUGACUUGCUGAGACACCAGCGUGUUCACACCGACGAAAGACCUUUCCAGUGCCCGGACUGUGCAAAGUGCUACAAAAGCUCCGGAGAACUGAUGCGCCACCAGCGUGUUCACACAGACGAGAGACCAUUCAGGUGCGCCCUCUGCGGUUCUGGGUUCAGAACUUCGUCUGACCUGACUGUUCACCAGCGCGUCCACACCGGGGAGAGACCAUUCACGUGCUCCCAGUGCGGGAAGGGCUUCACUCAGUCAUCCAGCCUGCUGGCCCACCAGCGGGUUCACACCGGGGAGAAGCCCUUCAUCUGCUCCAUGUGCGGGAAAGGGUUCACUUCCUCGUUCAACUUGCUGACGCACCAGCGGGUUCACACCGAGCGGACCCCAUUCAUGUGCUCUCCCUGCGGGAUUCGCUUCAAGCACUCCUCUCAACUCGACGCACACCAGAGACUCCACAGCGGGGAGAGGCCGUUCACCUGCUCAGAGUGUGGGAAGGGCUUCACCCAGUCGUACAACCUUCUGAUACACCAGCGGGUUCACACCGGGGAGCGGCCGUUCACCUGCUCUAAGUGUGGGAAGGGCUUCACUUGUUCGUCCCACCUGCUGAGACACCAGCGGGUUCACAACCUGUCUGCCACCUGUGAGGCACAAGCCAGGAGUCUGGUUGAAAGUUUUUCAGUUAACCUGGUUACGCAUGAAAGGGGUCAGUUGCUAGACAGCUGGUUUGCAGUGCAGAUUGGAGCUGACAUCAUGGGUUCAAUUCCCACACUGGCUGAGAUUACUGUGAAAGACUGUAAUUCACCAAAGACCCUCAGGCCUGAAUAUCACUGGGUUUUGGACAUGGAAGGAGAAAGCACCAUUCACAACGGGGAGAAACCGUACAUCUGUUCUGCUUGUGGGCGAGGCUUCAGCCGACCAUCUGACCUGUCAAGACACAAAUGUGGUCAGACUGGGGUAAAACUGUGGAAGUGUGGGAACUGUGGGAAGGGAUUUGAUUACCCAUCCCAGCUGAAAAGGCAUCAGCGCAGUCACAACGGAGAGAAGCCAUGGAAAUGUACAGACUGUGGGAAGGGAUUCAAUUAUCCAUCUGAGCUGGAAAUUCAUUGGCGCACUCACACUGGGGAGAAGCUGUUCACUUGCUCGCAAUGUGGGAAACGAUUGGCUCACUUACACAGUCUGCUGAUACACCAGCGAGUUCACACGGGGGAGAGACCCUUCAGCUGUUCUGAGUGUGGGAAGGGAUUCACUACGUCAUCCCACCUAUUGACACACCAGCGAGUUCACACAGGAGAGACACCUUUUAAAUGCCCCGAUUGCGAUAAAUGUUAUAAAAGCUCCGGGGAACUGAUGUCCCAUCAACGUGUUCACACGGACGAGAGACCGUUUAAGUGUUCUCACUGUGGGACAGGGUUCAAACACUCGUCUCAACGCACCGUACACCAGCGAAUUCACACUGGGGAGAGACCAUUCAGCUGCUCUGAGUGUGGGAAGGGCUUCACUCAAUCAUCUGACCUGCUGAAACACCAGCGGGUUCACACUGAUGAGAAACCUUUUAACUGUCCGGACUGUGGGAAGUGUUUUAAAAGCCCUGGGGAUCUGAUGUCCCAUCAACGUGUUCACACUGACGAAAGACCGUUCAAGUGCUCUCACUGUGGGACUGGGUUCAGACGAUCAUCUGACCUUAUCGUACACCAGCGAGUUCACACUGGGGAGAGGCCAUUUACUUGCUCUGAGUGUGGGAAAGGAUUCGCUCAGUCAUCCCACCUGCUCAUACACCAGCGCGUUCACACUGACAAGAGACCUUUUGAGUGUCCAGAAUGCAGCAAGUGUUUUAAAAGUUCUGGGGAACUGAUGACCCAUCAACGUGUUCAUACCGACAGCAGACCUUUUCAAUGCCCAGACUGUGGGAAAUGCUUUAAAAGUCCUGGGGAACUAAUGUCCCAUCAACGCAUUCACACUGACGAGAGACCAUUCAGGUGCUCUCACUGUGGAACUGGGUUCAAGCGAUCGUCUGACCUCAAUGAACACCAGCGAAUUCAUGCUGGGGAAGCAACCAAUCAUCUGCUCGACUCGAAUCCAGAACUUCAGGCUCAGGGAUGGGAAUCGAAUCCAGAGCUCUGGUACAAAGGCAUUGGCACUACCCAAUCUCACCCUCUUUCCCGCUCGUCUGUCGCCUCUCACUGCGGCGGUAUCUUACCCCACCGCCGUCUCAGACGACACCCGUGCGAGCGUGCUAUACUGCGCAUGUGUCUAGCUCUCCUGUUGUGGAUAGUGGACUUUCACCGCCGCAGGGCCUGCUGGGUCACAAGAUCGGCUGAAACGUCGCUUGCACACAGGACACGUGUAUGGUUUCUCCAAACUGUGAAUGGUGCUUUCUCUUUCCAUGUUCAGAGUCCGAAUGAUAUUGGAUCCCGACGUCAUGAUGAAUUGAGCUCAUUUGACAACUUCAGUCUGAAAACUGUUGGCUCUGGCUGCAUUGCAAAGUCGUCAAAAAUCCAGCAACUUCACCCUUCUACUACAAAAGAGCCCUUAUUUGCUCCAUCUGUGUUGAACACCUUGGUUCUAAGACUAACACCUGUCAUAAAUAAUAGCAAAAAUACUGCAGCUGCUUGGAUGACUGAGCGAAUCCCUUCCCACACAAUGAGCAGACGAACGGCCUCUCCCCAGUGUGAAGUCUUUGGUGUGCGAGCAGGGUGGAUGACUGAGCGAAUCUCUUCCCACAAUCAGAGCAGGUACAUCUGUUGUACUGGCAGCGAAUUCCACGAUUUUGGCUGUGACAGUGAAGGAACGGCUGUGAAACAGGGAGCCCGUGAGCCCACGCUCCCUGUGAUGCGAACGGGAACGGGUGGGGGGGUUGCUGGUGGACCGGAAGAUUACGAUCCGCGCCCCGCACUGACUCGGGCUGGUUACCGCAGCCUUUCGGGCCUCCGUCCAGUCGGCAGCGGCUGCAGGAAAAUGGCGGCUGCGCAUGCGCCACACAAAUCACGGCUCGCCGAGCCGGGACUGCGCAUGCUCCCGGCGGCCGUGGCCGGCUGGUCGUGCCCGAAAGGGUGUCGGGGGGCGGUUCUGGCCCUCCAUCCAAUCGGAGUGAAGGCGGGGGCGUGGCUGCAGCGGAGGUAUACUGGCGUAGUGCCAGAGCAGAAUUCGAUGGUAGAUGGUGCAGGAAUAAUAAGGAGAGGAAAUCAAACAACGGUCGGGUUGGCUGAAAGAUUUAACAAACACCCGGGGGGCAAUGUUCCCCGGGACGUUGCCUCGGACGCCAUGUUUAUCGGGUGCGAGGUGCUGAAGGGCGCAUGUCGAGCUUGCUUUCUUUCAGACUUCAGUGGUAGACACAUUCUUCCAACCUCUCAGAACCAGAACAUGGAAGGAGACAGCACCGUUUGCAGCAGGGAGAAAUUGUUCAUGUGUCCAGUGUGUGGGCGAGGUUUCGCACAAUCAUCUGCUCUGUCGAGACACAACUGCAAUCAUAGCGUGCAGAAACCGUGGAAAUGUAGGGACUGUGGGAAGGGGUUUAUUUCCCCAUCUAAGCUAGAAACUCAUCGGCGUACUCACACUGGGGAGAAAACUUUCACAUGCUCCAACUGUGGGGAGCGAUUCACUCGCUCGUCUACCCUGCUGGCCCACCAAAGGGUUCACACAGGGGAGAGGCCAUUCGCCUGCUCUGUGUGCAGGAAGGAAUUCACUCAAUUAUCUAACCUGCUGACCCACCAGCGAGUUCACACCGGGGAGAGGCCAUUCACCUGCACUGAGUGCGGGAAGGGAUUUGCUGAUUCAUCUGCCCUGCUGAGACACAAGCGGGUCCACACUGGGGAGAGGCCGUUCACCUGCGCCGAAUGUGGGAAGAGAUUCAUUCAGUCAACCAACCUGCAGGUACACCGGCGCUCUCACACUGGGGAGAGGCCAUUCACCUGCAUUGUGUGUGAUAAAGGAUUUAGUGAUUCAUCCAGCCUACUGAUCCACCAGCGAGUUCACACCGGGGAGAGGCCGUUCACCUGCUCCGAGUGUGGGAAGAGAUUCAUUCGAUCAUCUUACCUGCUAACCCACCAGCGUGUUCACACUGGGGAGAGGCCAUUCACCUGCACAGAGUGUGGCAAGGGGUUCACUGAUUCAUCUGCCCUGCUGAGACACAAGCGGGUUCACACCAGCGAAAGGCCGUUCACCUGCUCUGAGUGUGGGAAGGGGUUCAUUCAGUCGUACAAGCUGCAGAUACACCAGCGCAACCACACGGGGGAGAGGCCGUUCAUCUGCACUGUGUGUGGAAAAGGAUUUACUGAUUCAUCCAGCCUGCUGACACACCAGCGAGUCCACACUGGGGAGAGACCGUACAUUUGCUCAGAGUGUGGGAAGAGAUUCACUCGUUCGUCCAGCCUGCUGACACACCAGCGAGUACACACUGGGGAGAGACCGUUCACCUGCUCUGAGUGUGGAAGGAGAUUCACUCGUUCAUCUUACCUGCUGACACACCAGCAAGUUCACAAUCAGAUACUGUGAUCGGAUUUUGAUGUUAAACGUGUCCAGCAAUGACUCAUGGACUUGGUCCACUUCUGAUGUUGAUUAAACUCCAGCUCUUGUACCGGGGCCAAUAAAAGUCAAAAAUGGA